AGGGAACAGGCUUGAGCAGCACUCUGCAAUGCAUUACAGUCAGCUUUACAAGGCACUCAUUUAUAAAGAAUACCGUUGUGGUUGCCGUACCAUUUUCUCACUUGUUAUCUUAUCCACCAACCUCUUCCACACUACAGUCAAUUACCAGAACCAUUUUAAUUGGCAGUAACAAACGAAAAAAGCCAAGUCUGCUAAACUAACAGCGCAGAGUUUAUAAGAAUCCUCCUUAGUCUCACCAAACAAGAUUAACCCUGUCAUUAGACACCACUCCGAAGAAAGGAAAUAAAACUAAUAGCUGAUAAAAAGGAACGCAGAAAAACAAUAAAAUAUUUUGAUAACUUAUUGCUACUCCCAAGUAUUUCCUUAAACGCCUCCAACACUUGUCCCUCUUCGGAUUCCGUUUCGUACUUCCUUUCCAGCCUACAGCACGCAAAUAUAAAAGGAACUGAAUAGGACUUCGGAUUACUUGUUGGUAGUUUUGUAGUAGCAAUAUGGCGUCUACAAGCCGUUUGGAUGCUCCGACAAAGGUGACGUGCCCAAAUCAUCCUGAUGCUUUGUUAGUUGAAGAUUACCGAGCUGGAGACAUGAUCUGCCCUGAAUGUGGGUUGGUUGUGGGUGACCGGGUCAUAGAUGUUGGCUCUGAAUGGAGGACGUUUAGCAAUGAUAAAGCAGCAAAAGACCCAUCUCGUGUUGGUGAUGCCCAGAAUCCACUCUUGAAUGGUGGAGAUUUGACCACUAUGAUUGGCAAGGGUACAGGUGCAGCAAGUUUUGAUGAAUUUGGAAAUUCAAAAUAUCAAAACCGUAGGACUAUGAGCAGCUCCGAUCGUGCAAUGAUGAACGCUUUCAAAGAAAUCACAAACAUGGCUGACAGAAUUAACCUUCCUAGAAAUAUAGUUGAUCGAACAAAUAAUUUAUUCAAACAAGUAUAUGAACAGAAGAGCUUGAAAGGCCGAAGUAAUGAUGCUAUUGCUUCUGCUUGUCUGUAUAUUGCCUGCAGACAGGAAGGUGUUCCUAGAACAUUCAAAGAAAUUUGUGCAGUUUCCAGAAUAUCGAAGAAAGAGAUAGGUCGUUGCUUUAAACUCAUAUUAAAAGCCCUUGAAACAAGCGUGGAUUUGAUCACAACAGGAGACUUCAUGUCAAGAUUUUGUUCCAAUCUGGGUUUGAACAAAGAGGUACAGAUGGCUGCUACACACAUUGCAAGGAAAGCUGUAGAGUUUGACUUGGUUCCUGGUAGGAGUCCAAUUUCUGUUGCAGCAGCAGCAAUUUAUAUGGCAUCACAGGCAUCUUCUGACAAAAAGACACAGAAAGAAAUUGGUGACAUUGCUGGUGUUGCUGAUGUUACAAUCAGGCAGUCUUAUAGACUUGUUUACCCCAGAGCUGCAGAUCUCUUCCCUUCAGACUUCAAGUUUGAUACACCUGUUGACAAAUUACCACAGUUAUAAAUUGCCAGCUCUGCAUUUGAAUUGUUUGGGGAGGGUGUACAGGACAGCAUUUUGAACUUGAUUAGCAACAUUUCAAGUAUUACAUUUGAACAUGGAUUCCUGCAGAAGUUCAAGAAGAAACAUGGAUUUGCCUUCAUCUGCAAGGAACACAGUACACAUUCCAAACCUAAGACUGGUUGCACUUCUGUGGCUUCAUGUGUAAAUAUCUAAAGUACAAGUAAAAUAAUAAAUUAUAGAGGUGGUUAUCAAGAGACUUUCAUGCUUGUAUUUAAAAGAAUUCUUUUAUAGAAAUACGGUAAAUAGUAUUUUGGAGAAGGUGAAAUUUCUAAUAUUUACAGCAAACAUCUUUGCUACUUGCAGCAUGCUCUUCUUUUGGACUGCAUUUUUGAGCAUCACUCUUUUGUGUAACCUAUAUAUGGGCUUCACCUGACUGUGUAUAUUUGUGUAGCUUGUCAUGUGUAGCAUUGUUUUGCAUUUUUUUUUCUUUUUAAUGUUUUAAAUGUUUAUCAUGAGGUAAAACAUCCAAACUGGAUUCUUUUUUCAAAGAUAUUUUAGUUAGUGUGCAGAAUGUGACAGCCCUUUUCCAAUGUUUCUGCUGAACCCAGGAAAACAUUUAGCAGAUUGUUCUGACAGAGAAACCAUUUGCUUGAAGAUGAGCUUGAAAUCAUAUUUUAUAAAGCAGUAGUUUCAUAAUAACCUGUUCCCUUAUUAGCUCUUAAAAUAAUUUUAAAGUUUACCCUUUGUUUUUUGUUCUAGGAAAUGAGUGCCUAGUCACCCUUUUAAAAUGGUGAUCAGUUUUCAUUCAUAAUUUACUUACAAUUAAGACAGAUUGUGGGAGUUCUCUAUGUUUUUUUUUUGUAAAAGUGUCAAAUAUUUGGAUGCAAUACGUGUAUUUUUUUUUAAUUAUACUGCUAAAAUACAUUUUGAUCCUUCUGUAUCCUGAAUAUUUUACGGUGUUUUUCCACAGUUUAGUCCCUGAUCUUUUUUUUUUUUUGUUUGGCACAGUGUACCAUUUUCAUAGCAAAUGUGAAGCGUCAUACUUAAAGGAAUGAGCUUAAGAAAAUUUACUGUAGGGUACAAACUUCCUGUUUUCCUGCUACCCAUUUUGUAAUGAAAUAUGAAACAAAUGCUUAAAGUUGAUGUAAAAUUGACAUCUAUGUGUAACAUAUUUUUGUAUGAAAAUGAGUCUAAUUGUGCAAGUACGUUGCACUGUCCAGAUACUACCUAAACUUGCUCUUAAAAUAAAAGUCUUGUUCCUCUAUGAUGUAACCUUGUACCACAGUUGCAGGAACAGAUUUUUCACUGUGAACUACUAUUUCAAUGUACAGUGUAUAUUUUUCAGAAGCUGUUCAGAGUACAACCUAAAUUUGAAAGGUGCAUUUUUUUCAACUCAUUUCAGGCCUGUCUUGGCAGUCUGUUAACCUGUCUUUGGUAUAUUGAUGGGAAUUCUUAACCCUAGAAAUCCUCAAGCAUUUUACUCAAAUCAAUAAAUGCAUUAGUUGCAUACUAA